GGCUGCAGGAAAGGCGGUCAAAGCAGCAACGGGGGAAUAUUUGGAAAGCAAGGGGAGAGAAUACUAUCCGCUCCUGACGGUCAACUUCACGGCACCUCGAUCAUUCUUAUUUUUAUUUAGGACAUAACUGGAAACGUAAAAGUGUCCUAUUUUUUUAUUCUUCUUAAAUUUACCAAAAUGACUGGUAGCCCAGUGACAGGGCUGCUGGUUGCGCUGUGCGUAAGCAGCGCGGUCCAUUGUAUGCCAAAGAACCAAGGGAAAAACAAGAGACAAGCUCAGGAACAAGUUUAUCCCAACCUCGCAGACACAGUACCCCUUGCUCAAGGUAUGUAGACUUGCUCUUAAUGUUAGAUUUUGUCCCUUAGAUAAAACAUUUGAAUGCACCUUGAACCCACAACUUUUUUUUAAACAGCAAAAAAAAUAUUUGUAAUUAACAAUUUAGUUACAAUUCCAUAUAUGAAGGACAUCUAAGAUUAUUUAUUUUUUUAAAUCACUACUGUAAAUGUAUUGAAUAUGGGUGUUUAACUAACCUAUCAUGCCUCGAAUUUGCUCAGGACUAAUGGCUCUGUGUGUGUCUCCAUCAUCUUGCAGGCUGCGAUGAGAACGGACAUUCUUACAGACUAAACGAUCAAUGGGAGAAGGCUUACCGCGGGAGUACACUGCUUUGUACCUGCAACGGAGCGGCAGGGAUCAAAUGUAAAACAAAACCCCAAGGUGAGCUGGAGCCCUAGACUUGAAUAUAUAAUGAAGUAGGCCAUUUCUUUAGUUUCGCACACAACCUCCGUGCGCUCUAGAGCGCGUUCCCUUUUUGGCACAUUUGCCAUUGCGCACAGAAGUCGCUUCGUUUAUCUCAAACGUUACGGCCGCAUGUUGAAAGUCUUCUCGGGUGUCUUCUGCAGGGGAGGAGACCUGCUAUGACAAAUACAACGACCAGACGUACUCCGUGGGUGCGACCUACGAGAGGGCGAAGGACGGCAUGAUGUGGGACUGCACCUGCAUCGGUUCCGCCCGCGGCAAAAUCAGCUGCACCAUCGGAAGUGAGUUCCCCUUCCCAGACAACUCGCAUAAUAUUAUUUGUGCACUUAUGUAGUACGUCCGUGUUCAUGAAUAAUGAUGUAUGGUCUUUUCGUUUCCAGACCGCUGCCACGAGGGAGGCAGAUCCUAUAAAAUCGGGGACACUUGGAGACGGCCCCACGAGACCGGCGACUACAUGCUGGAUUGCGUCUGUCUGGGAAACGGCAAGGGAGAGUGGACCUGCAAACCCGUGUGUGAGUGUCUAUCUGUCUGAGGACCUGUAAACCCCUGUGUGAGUGUUUGUCUGAGGAUGUAUAAACCCCUGUGUGAGUGUCUGUCUGAGGACCUGUAAACCCCUGUGUGAGUGUCUGUCUGAGGACCUGUAAACCCCUGUGUGAGUGUCUGUCUGAGGACCUGUAAACCCCUGUGUGAGUGUCUGUCUGAGGUCUUGGAGUAGAAGAAGACUAGAUGUAAUCUCAAGGGAAUGAAUGUCUGGCCUGUGGGUUGUUGGAAUAAAUGUUUUUCUUAACGGUCCUUAAACCAGUCAAACUGCGGUUCAAAGUCCUCCUUUGAGUAAUUUAUUGGAAAUAGUGCUUGAUGUCAAUGUAAAUAUUUGAAGAUCAUGACAGACAUUCCUUUCCCAAACGUUGCCCCAUAACUAUUGAUUUAGCUCAGUUUAGUGUUUUCAUGGAAAGUGAGGUGAGGUGACUCAUGUGGUGGUAAGCCCUAAUGGUGAUGAUGAUUUUAUGAUAAUGUAGGCAUGGUUUUGGAAUAAGAAAUAUAUAUUCUAUAAUCAGAAAUAUGUCAUGUGUAUCUGAUACUUUUAUUAUGGCAUUGCCAUUGAGAUUUUAUGUUAGGACUCUUAUUCUGGAAGAGAUGGAGACCCGCACACUGUUGAUAUAAGUCUUAUUCUGAAAAUACCCUUCCAAGAUUCACCUGCGCGUGAGGAGGAUUCACAGGAGAGAUGUUGUGACAGGGAAGUGAUGGAGAUGUAACCUAUCGUGCCACUAACGUUUGUGCUGAUUAAAGUAUAGAAAAUAACUUGAUUGUAACUCUUUAACAUCGAACCCACAGGCCCGUUGGAGAAGGUGAUAGAUAAUUGAGUCAAAUAAUUAGGGUUACAAUAAUAACAACGUUUUUGGUACUUGUUUUUGUGCAGCGGAGCGUUGCUAUGACAACACGGGUGGCGCGUCUUACGUGGUGGGGCAGACCUGGGAGAAAUCGUACCAAGGCUGGAUGAUGAUCGACUGCACCUGUCUGGGGGAGGGCAACGGACGCAUCACCUGUACCUCUAGGAGUAAGUACACACACACAUACAUACACACGUAAACGCACACACACACGCUCAUCAUUCCUUUCCUUAUUUCUUUAGACCGUUGUAAUGACCAGGACACCAAGACCUCCUACCGCAUCGGAGACACAUGGACCAAGACAGAUGCUAACAGAAACCAACUCCAGUGUCUGUGUACAGGAAAUGGCCGAGGAGAGUGGAAGUGUGAGAGACAUUCUGCCACCACUGGUGAGUCGGCCCUCUUGUGUUUUACACACACUCUUUGUAAAAAAUGAUGUAGAUAUAUUUAAAUACAUAGAUAAGUAAAUGAACAGGUUAUACAUUGAUAUACAGGUUAUAAAUGAAUAUAUAGGAAACAGAGGAGGCUGGUGAAAGGAGGACAGCUCAUAAUAAUGGCUGGGAUGGAGUGAAUGCAAUGGUAUCAAACUCAUGGGAACCAUGUGUUUGAUACCAUUCCAUUAAUUCCGUUCCAGCAAUUACAAUGAGCUUGUCCUCCCCAAUUAAGUUACCACCAGCCGCCUGUGAUAUGUAAACACAUUUCUCUUUGUCUUCCUGGUACGCAGGCACAGGUGUUAGUACAGGAACAGGUGUAGGAACAGGUACAGGAAGUACUCGUGUGACCAUCCAGACGGAGCUCCACCAGCCCUCCACCCUCCCCGAACCCCCCCAGGAGGGGGCUUGCCGCACGGACUCGGGCGCCACCUUCCAUGUGGGCAUGCGCUGGAUCAGGACCCAGGGCAGCAAGCAGAUGCUGUGUACCUGCCAGGGUACUGGGGCCGUCAGCUGUGAGGAGAAGGGUGAGUCUUAACUCAGACUAAUACUUCAAGACUUCCUGUGAAAGUAGAAGGGUGUGUCUCAAAAAAAUAUAUUUCCAUAGUCAAGGCUUGUUUUACCUCUUGUCUCACCUCAUCUAACCUGGUCUAAACCUGUCUCACCUCAUCUAACCUGGUCUAAACCUGUCUCACCUCAUCUAACCUGGUCUAAACCUGUCUCACCUCAUCUAACCUGGUCUAAACCUGUCUCACCUCAUCUAACCUGGUCUAAACCUGUCUCACCUCAUCUAACCUGGUCUAAACCUGUCUCACCUCAUCUAACCUGGUCUAAAACUGUCUCCCCUUCUCUCUCCCUCCCCUCCAGAGGGCCAGAGCCAGGUGUACGGUGGGAACUCAGAAGGCCAGGCCUGUGUGUUCCCCUUUGUGUUCAUGGAUAAGACCUACUACUCCUGUACCUCAGAGGGACGGACUGAUGGACAGCUGUGGUGCAGCACCACCUCUGACUACCAUAGAGACCAGCAGUACUCCUUCUGUACCGAGAAGAACUGUGAGUCUGGGAGGGAGGGAGGGAGGGAGGGGAGGGAGGGAGGGAGGGAGGGAGGGAGGUAGGUAGAUGGAUGGAUGGAUGGAUGGAUGGAUGGAUGGAUGGAUGGAUGGAUGGAUGGAUGGAUAUAUACUGUAGAUAGCUAGAUAUAUAGAUAGAUAUAUAGAUAGAUAGAUAGAUAGAUAGAUAGAUAGAUAGAUAGAUAGAUAGAUAGAUAGAUAGAUAGAUAGAUAGAUAGAUAGAUAGAUAGAUAGAUAGAUAGAUAGAUAGAUAGAUAGAUAGAUAGAUAGAUAGAUAGAUAGAUAGAUAGAUAGCAGCAUAUCUAACUGUUGAAUGUUUGAUCUGCGGUGUAGCCCUGGUGUCGACCCGAGGGGGUAACUCCAACGGUGCCCUGUGCCAGUUCCCCUUCCUCUACAAUGGGCGUAACUACACUGACUGUACGGCCGAUGGGCGCCGCGACGGCAUGAGGUGGUGUGGUACCACAACCAACUACGAAGGAGAGCAGCGCUACGGAUUCUGCCCCAUGGCUGGUGAGUGUGUGUGUGAUUUGUCAAUUCACAUGUCUCUUCCCGUCUCAGGCCCUCACACCAAACAAUAUACAAUCACAGUAGCAGUCAGGUACAUUGACUAGCCCAUCUUUACCGGCAUGCAAACAAGACUAUAUUUAGGUAAGAUCCCUCUAUUAUAAGGUCCUUCAGGCUCUGUAUGGUGGGCGUGGGAAGGUCUGGUGGGCUACUGUUUUCAACAUUCACUGAAUUCCUCUAUUUGACAGAGGUCUUAUCAAGAUAAAUGUACUAGGCUUGUCUUUAUCAGUCUGAUGUUGCCCUUACAGAUGAUAAUAAUGACUGUUUAACUGAAUGGGUCACUUACAGUCUACAGAGCCGUUAGAGGUUCAAUGGGCAGUUAAUGAGUUGGUCUUUAAAAGCUAUGAAGUGACAGGGGAACGGUCAUGGAAGAGGGCUGAGUAAUGCCUCUAUAAGAGCCUGUUAGAAUGAUUAUUAAUGACUCUUGGCUCCACUGGGCAGAGGAUAGGGCUCACACACUGGCAUGGGUCCAGAGUCUGUCUGGCAAAAAUAACAUCUGUCUCAGUUCCAAAAGAGAUUAACCAUGCCACCCACACACACACACACACACACACACACACACACACACACACACACGUCCCCUCACUGACCCCUCUUUCCCUCCAUCCAGCCCAUGAGGAGACGUGUACCACCAACGAUGGGGUCAUGUACCGUGUGGGAGACCAGUGGGACAAACGCCACGAUGUCCUGGGUCACAUGAUGCAGUGCACCUGCAUGGGCAACAACCGCGGAGAGUGGAGCUGCAUCGCCUACUCCCAAGUCAAAGGUCCUACCACCUUACCAGCACCUGUUCUCUUAUGUGUUGUUAGACAACAGUCAUAUGAGUUAUACUGUCAUUACCUGGUUCUAGACCCAGUAGCCUUGACAACUGGAAUGUAUAAUGAACUGAAAGCAUUAAAACCCCUUGUCUCCUCUCCUUCCUCCUCCAGACCAGUACAUCAUUAAAACCCCUGGUCUCCUUCCUCCUCCAGACCAGUACAUCAUUAAAACCCCUGGUCUCCUUCCUCCCCCAGACCAGUACAUCAUUAAAACCCCUUGUCUCCUCUCCCUCCUCCCCCAGACCAGUGCAUCGUGGACGGGCUGACCUAUGAGGUAAGCCAGACCUUCACCAAGCUCCAUGACCAGGGCUACAUGAUGAACUGCACCUGCUAUGGACAGGGACGCGGGCGCUGGAAGUGCGACGCCAUCGGUGAGUUUCUCUCUGGUUUCUCUUCAAUAAAGCCUUAUCGCACCUCUGGCAUGUUCUAUCAUGCUCUACUCAGACCAAUGUUUCCUCCCAUUCAGUACAACAGAAUGGAAUGAAACAAUGGCCUAAGGGGAAACACAUGAUCUGCCGUUUGUUUCGGCGCGCUGUGUUUUAGGGACCACCUGCUGGUGGACGUCUGACUGACGAUAUUUUUGCGCAAUUCUACAUGUAGAAUCGGUUUGUACUCGGUUUGCAAAUGAUGGACAGCACUCUGUUCAGAGCUGCUAAGUACUCUCCGCCGGCAAACGCUACCGGUGUGUCCGUGCCUUUACAGUUGAAUUCUUGAUAAAUCUAUCAUGAUACAUUUCAAAAGCAAUAAGGAAAAUAUGUAGUCAGGGACUGGCUCAGAUUCCACUGGGAUAAUAACAGAGUGGAAAGUUAUAUGAAUCCAAGAAGAGGGGCUGAAAUUCUAAAGAGAUUUUUGGCAGCAGGAAUUCUAAUCCCUCUCCUUUCCUUCCUCUCUCUUUCUCUGUCUCUCUCUCCACUCUCUUUCUCGCUCCUCCUCUCUCUCUCUCUCUCUCUCUGUUACGCUCUCGCUCUCGCUCUCGCUCUCGCUCUCGCUCUCGCUCUCGCUCUCGCUCUCUCUCUCUCUCUCUCUCUCUCUCUCUCUCUCUCUCUCUCUCUCUCUCUCUCUCUCUCUCUCUCUCUCUCUCCUCCCUCCUCUCUCUCUCCUCCUCUCUCUCCCUCCAGACCAGUGCCAGGAGCCUGAGAGCAGGGUGUUCUAUCAGAUUGGAGAGACCUGGGACAAAACCAUCCACCAAGUCCUCUACCGCUGCUAUUGCUACGGCAACGGCAUCGGCGAGAUGAGCUGCGAGCCACAGCAGACCUUCCCAGGUAAGAAGAGGAGUCUGAUUGGCUAACAGAAGUGUGACAAAACAGCACACUGCUGAAGCAUAAGUGGAACUGCCUGAGGGUGUCCUCUGGGGCAGGGAGGGGCAGGGUAGAUAACCCAGGUAAGGGCUGUCUUCAGUGGGGUGUUGAUCAAGGACAUUACCCCUCCCUCUCUAUCAAUACCCACCCCCUUCUCUUUACGGUUGGGACACCUGCUGGUAGUUAAUCUGUGUUGUGUUUUAACUCUCCCAUUCGCUCCCUGUUUAAAUACUCCCCAACCUCCCUCUAUCAAAAGGCCCUUUGAAAUUAAACAAGGGGGCGGUGUGUCACUCCUUCACCACCUCUGCAGGGAGGGGGAAGGGGGCUGCUAAACUUUGAUGUCUGGCAAAUGGAGAGGGUGCGUCCGUCCACCUUUCUCGCCCCCCUCCCUCCGUGGGUCUUUGUAGUUUAGGAGGUCUUUGUUGGCUCUCCCCUACUGAGAGGCUGAGUACUGUUGCUCUACCCCGCUAAGCAGGGAGGGGCGAGAGGUUGGGGGACUUAAUUACCUGCGUUGGGGGACUUAAUUACCUGUCUCUCUCUCAAUCCACUGUCUGGUAACACGCUUUGGGUGAAACAGUCCCACCUUCACCUACUACAAGGCCCCUCACAGCACUGGCUAGUCCUGCAUUGAGCCAGUGCUCUAUAGAUGACGGCGUCAAUCAAAAAAGCUCAGCUGGGCUGUAUUCAGAUGACACAAACCAGGAAUUACCAACUGGCAACCUUGAUGCAGUGUUCUGAAACACCUUGACCCCAGUCUGAACUCUGAACCCUGUCAUCCUGCCCUAGUUGUCCCAUGUGACCUGUUACAGAUACAGACCCAGUAAAUGUUGUGAUUGUUUAGAGUUUCAGGUAAUCACCCAGUACAUUAUGUUUGGUGCAGGUCAGGGACCUUAAGAGUGCAGGUCAAAGGACCUCACUGACUGCCCCAAAUGACUCCCCGCUGUUGCUGUGGGUUGCUCACCUGUGAGAGGGAGGUGUGCAUAUGUAUGGUGUGUGUGUGUAGGUGUGUGAGUGUGAGUGGGGGUGGACAUAUUGCCCUGGUGCGAUUUCAGACACUGAAGACACCUAGUGAUUUACAGGCCCUGUGGGUGUCAUGAUUGGUUGAAACCAGACAGUGGAGAGACUUCUGGUUAGGACUAGUCUCCUUCCAAGCCACUGUACGUACUGGCAAGCUAGUCUAGGAGUCUGACCUGAGUCUGGACAGGAUCUUUUUUGGUCAGACCAGGUCUGUCUGGUGUGAACAGUGAACCAAUUGACACUGAAAAGCGAAUGUGACUUUUAACAACUGUGUGUUUAUUUCCAGAACCUUAAUAUAAAGUUGUUCAAGGAGAAUACAUUGCAUUUGUUCAGUACCAUCAUGUCUGUGACAGAUGGCUUGAUAGUAGACUAGAGAUUUGUAAUAGAAGAACCCCUGUCUUCUUCCUCCUCCUCCCUCCUCUCCUCUCCCCCAAGGUGGCCACCGCCCGGUCCAGGUGAUUAUCACAGAGGCAGGAAAGCAGCCUGACUCCCACCCCAUCCAGUGGAACGCCCCUGCCUCCUCACACAUCACCCAGUAUAUCCUCAAGUGGAGAGUGGUAAGUGGCUCUCUACUGCUCACCCUAGAUAAUGGUCACUUGUGGUAGUGCAGCCACGCUAUGCCGCUAGUGGUGGACUGACUGUGUUACAGGAAGAAGUACCACAAGAGUUGAACAUACUCUCUUGAAGUACUCUACCUGUUUUAAUUCUCAGAUAUCCAAAGUGGAAACAAGUUAUUCCAGGUACUGUUUCUCACAUGUUGUUCUUUUAAAAAAUCAUGAAUCAUUUGAAAUGGAUGUUCCUAUUCCAAUCCUGAAUAGUGCUGAAAAGUAAUGACUAAACCAGUGCACAAACAGGAGGUUGCAACAUUUAGUUGUCUGUGUGUCAACUCUGAAGAAGAGGACAGGUUUUGAGCACAGAAAAACAAGGUUGUGUGGGGUUCUUGAACUCGCCUGAAAAACAUACACAUACACAUACACACACAUACACACAUGAACGACCCUCAACAUCCAGCUACAGUACAAAUGCUGUGUGUUUCUCUCCUAAAGGAAAAAUACAGUUUUCUCUCCUCUCUCACACUCUCUCUCUCUCUCUGAAGAGGCCUUGUUCUGCCAAGCUGUUGGAAAUGCUUAUUAACCCUUAUUGAAUUCAAACAUAUUUCCUGCUAAGUGGUAGUGGUUUGUAUGUUUUGGAUGGCAGUCCCCUAUUCCCUCUCUCUCUCUCUCUCUCUCUCUCUCUCUCUCUCUCUCUCUCUCUCUUGUUGUGAAGAACCUGUAGUUUUCCGAUCAUCUGAAGCCAAGUUGAAUGUCCCCAGAAGCAGGGAGGGGCAGAGAGUCAAUGCCAGUGACCACAUUGGCCAUAGGCUGGGCAUGGAGAGAGUGUUAGAAUGAGAGUCUUAGUAGUGCAGGCCAGACUGUAAAAGCUACCCACUGUUUUAUAUUCCAUAUGAUCUCAACUCUCAGGACUCAUUCAUACUCCUGACACUGUAGGUUAUAUAUACUCUACUGUAUAUAGAGAGAUAUACAGUCAGAUCCAUACGUAUUUGGACAGUGACACAAUUUGCAUCAUUUUGGCUCUGUAUGCCACCACAAUGGAUUUUAAAGGAAACAAUCAAGAUGUGCUUUAAGUGUAGACUUUCAUCUUUAAUGUAAGGUUUUUUUUUGUCCACGCCAUAACACUACCCCCACCAUGCUUCACAGAUGAGGUGGUAUGCUUCGAUCAUGAGCAGUUUCUUCCCUUCUCCAUAGUCUUCCCAUCAUUCUGGUACAAGUUGAUCUUUGUCUCAUCUGUCCAUAGGAUGUUGUUCCAGAACUCUACAGGCUUUUUAGAUGUUUUUUGGCAAACUCUAAUCUGGUCUUCCUGUUUUUGAGGCUUAACAAUGGUUUACAUCUUGUGGUAAACCCUCUGUAUUUACUCUGGUGAAGUCUUCUCUUGAUUGUUGACUUUGACACAGAUACGCCUGCCUCCUGGAGGGUGUUCUUGAUCUGGCCAACUGUUGUGAAGGGGUUUUUCUUCACCAGGGAAAUCAAUAUUCUGUCAUCCACCACAGUUGUUUUCCGUGGUCUUCCGGGCCUUUUGGUGUUCCUGAGCUCACCAGUGCAUUCUUUCUUUUUAAGAAUGUACCAAAUAGAUGAUUUGGCCACACCUAAUGUUUUUGCUAUCUCUCUGAUGGGUUUGUUUAGAUUUUUCAGCCUAAUGAUGGCUUGCUUCACUGGCAGUUACAGCUCUUUGGACUUCAUAUUGAGGGUUAACAGCAACAUAUUCCAAAUGCAAAUGCCACACUAGAAAUCAACUCUAGACCUUUUAUCUGCUUCCUUGUUAAUGAACUAAUGAGGGAAUAACACACAGCUGGCCAUGGAACAGCUGAGCAGACAAUUGUCCAAUUACCUUUGUUCCCUUAAAAAGGGGGGGACCACAUAUAAAAAGUGCUGCAAUUCCUACACGAUUUGGAUGUAAAUACCCUCAAAUUAAAGCUGAAAGUCUGCACUUUCAGCUCAUAUUCAUUAUUUAAUUUCAAUUCCAAAUGCUGUGGUAGACAGCUAAAAUAACAAUAACUUGGUCAAUGUCCAAAUAUUUAUGGACCUGACUGUAUAGUUAUAGUAUUAGACCAGUUGGCUGUCAAUACCACCAUGAAUGUGCUAGUAAGGAGCUAGUGAAGGAACACUUCAGAUACACAUUGGUUCCUAUCACCAUGAUGUAUGCACCACUUUGACCCUUACCAUCUUUGAAGUUCACUCCCUGACCUCUCACUUCUGCUCUCUGCCCUUUGACCCCUGGUAGAAAAACACCCGUGCCCCCUGGAGAGAGGUCACCAUCCCAGGUAACCUGAACUCGUACACCAUCGCCGGGCUGCGGCCAGGUAUUACCUAUGAGGGUCAGCUGAUCAGCAUCCUGCGCUAUGGACGCCGCGAGGUCACCCGCUUCGACUUCACCACCACCUACGGCUCCCGUAAGUCUCCCAACUGUGUGUGUGUGUGUGUGUGUGUGUGUGUGUGUGUGUUAGUGUGUUUUGAGUGUAUGAAUGUUACACCGACCGUACUAUAUAUCUGUGUCUGUCUCUUUGGUUACUCUAUAUAUCUACACUUUUCUCUCAAUUCAAUUUCAAUUUCAAUUUAAGGGCUUUAUUGGCAUGGGAAACGUAUGUUAACAUUGCCAAAGCAAGUGAAGUAGAUAGUAAACAAAAGUGAAAUAAACAAUAAAUAUUAACAGUAAACAUUACACUCAGAAGUUCCAAAAGAAUAAAGCCAUUUCAAAUGUCAUAUUAUGUAUAUAUACAGUGUUGUAAUAAUGUGCAAAUAGUUAAAGUACAAAUGGUAAAAUAAAUAAACAUAAAUAUGGGUUGUAUUUACAAUGGUGUUUGUUCUUCACUGGUUGCCCUUUUCUUUUGGCAAUAGGUCACACAUCUUGCUUCUGUGAUGGCACACUGUGGUUUUUCACCCAGUAGAUAAGGGAGUUUAUCAAAAUUGGGUUUGUUUUCGAAUUCUUUGUGGAUCUCUGUAAUCUGAGGGAAAUAUGUCUCUAAUAUGGUCAUACAUCUGGCAGGAUGUUAGGAAGUGCAGCUCAGUUUCCACCUCAUUUUGUGGGCAGUGUGCACAUAGCCUGUCUUCUCUUGAGAGCCAGGUCUGCCUACGGCAGCCUUUCUCAAUAGCAAGGCUAUGCUCACUGAGUCUGUACAUAGUCAAAGCUUUCCUUAAGUUUGGGUCAGUCACAGUGGUCAGGUAUUCUGCCACUGUGUAUUCUCUGUUUAGAGCCUCUCUCUCUCUCUCUCUCUCUCUCUCUCUCUCUCUCUCUCUCUCUCUCUCUCUCUCUCUCUCUCUCUCUCUCACUCUCUCGCUCUCUCUCUUUACACCCCCACCACACCAUCUCUCUGUCUCUCUCCCACAAAUCUCAAUUUAGUCUCAUUAAUGUAAUGUACCCCCCCCCCCCCCCCGUCCAGUAGGGGUGACCUCUGAGGGUGAGACUACCCAGCUUCCCCCCGUGGUGGACACGUCUGAGUCAGUGACAGAGAUCACGUCCAGCAGCUUCAUCAUCUCCUGGGUGUCAGCCUCCGACACCGUGUCAGGCUUCAGAGUGGAGUAUGAACUGAGUGAGGACGGAGCCAAACCUCAGGUCCUGGGUGAGUAGCUCCAACAUUUACUGUACUAACUAAGGCCUUACUCCUGCAGCAUAGGCCAUCCAGAAGAGUUUUCCACUGUAUUCCAGUCUUACUCCUGCAGCAUAGGCCAUCCAGAAGAGUUUUCCACUGUAUUCCAGUCUUACUCCUGCAGCAUAGGCCAUCCAGAAGAGUUUUCCAGUGUAUUCCAGUCUUACUCCUGCAGCAUAGGCCAUCCAGAAGAGUUUUCCACUGUAUUCCAGUCUUACUCCUGCAGCAUAGGCCAUCCAGAAGAGUUUUCCACUGUAUUCCAGUCUUACUCCUGCAGCAUAGGCCAUCCAGAAGAGUUUUCCACUGUAUUCCAGUCUUACUCCUGCAGCAUAGGCCAUCCAGAAGAGUUUUCCACUGUAUUCCAGUCUUACUCCUGCAGCAUAGGCCAUCCAGAAUAGUUUUCCAGUGUAUUCCAGUCUUACUCCUGCAGCAUAGGCCAUCCAGAAUAGUUUUCCAGUGUAUUCCAGUCUUACUCCUGCAGCAUAGGCCAUCCAGAAUAGUUUUCCAGUGUAUUCCAGUCUUACUCCUGCAGCAUAGGCCAUCCAGAAUAGUUUUUCAGUGUAUUCCAGUCUUACUCCUGCAGCAUAGGCCAUCCAGAAUAGUUUUCCAGUGUAUUCCAGUCUUACUCCUGCAGCAUAGGCCAUCCAGAAGAGCUUUCCAGUGUAUUCCGGUCUCGGGUGAUCUUUUUCUAAGCUCCACGACAGUGGUUCCCAAUGUGUUAUGGAAAAACUUUUGAGUAGUUAUGUGAGCUAAUGAAUAAACACUAGUCCAUCAUUCUUCCUUCCUGGCCCUGGAGGGCUGCUGUGUGUGCAGGCUUUUGAUUGGUUGAUUGAUUUUAAUGUAUUGGUUAAUUGGUUAAUGUGUUAAUUGGUUACUAGCCCGAUUGGUUGAUUGAUGUUUUAUUUAAUUGAUUGAUUGUCUCUGUCCGUCAGACCUGCCCCGUACCACCACCUCUGUGAGCAUUAGUGACCUCCUGCCUGGCCGUAGAUACAACGUCAACGUGUACGAGGUGUCCCCUCAAGGAGAACCCAACCUCAUCCUCACUACCUCUCAGACCACAGGUAAUAUACCAGCCCUCACACACUCUUCAUCACCUUUACCCUUCAUCACCCUCACCCUUCAUCACCCACACUGUUUAUCACCCACACCCAUUAAUCACCCACACUCUUCAUCACCCACACACUUCAUCACCUUUACCCUUCUUCACCCUCACCCUUCAUCACCCACACCCAUUAAUCUCCCACACUCUUUAUCACCCACACCGUUCACCACCCUCAUCCUUUACUACCCUCACCCUUCACCACCCUCACCCUUCAUCAUCCACACUCUUCACAACCCUCACCCUUCACUACCCUCAGCCUUCACUACCCUCACCCUUCACCACCCACACCCUUCAUCACCCUCACCCUUCACCAAUAUAACUCACUCUCUGACAGGAAUACAUUGAGCUCUUCUCUAAUCCAGUGCUCCUGAUCCCCCCUCAGCUCCUGAUGCCCCUGCUGAACAUCAGAUCGACCAGGUGGGAGAGACCUCUAUCUCCAUCAGCUGGUCCAAGCCCCAGGCCCCCAUCACAGGCUACCGUUUGGUCUUCACCCCGUCAGUAGAGGGCAGUAGCACCGAGCUCAUCCUUCCAGACACUGAGACCUCCGUGACCCUGGUUGACCUUCGACCUGGCCUGCUCUACAACAUCAGCAUUUACGCUGUGGAGGAGAACCAGGAGAGCGAGCCCAUCUUCGUCCAGGUCAACACGGCCGGAGAGCCAGCACCAGGUAGAGUAUAAUAAUAUAAUAAUAUGCCAUUUAGCAGACGCUUUUAUCCAAAGCGACUUACAGUCAUGCGUGCAUACAUUUUUGUGUAUGGGUGGUCCCGGGGAUCGAACCCACUACCUUGGCGUUACAAGCGCCGUGCUCUACCAGCUGAGCUACAGAGUAGUGGACAGCAUACAGGACAACAGGACCACACAUGACCCUAACCCUAAAACACACUCUAACCAUAACCCAAUCUCAGACUUGACUUACUUGACUUAAGCCCUUGGCUCCUAUAAGAAGCAUAGGCCAUUGACGAAUGUCCUCCAUCACAACAGUUGAAUCCGCUUUCUGUCAUUUCUACCUCAGCCAUGGUUUGAACUGACUUUGAGUUGAUUUUGGCAUGCACUUUAUCACCCUUCCAACAUUAGAAUAAAUCAUUUCCUAUACACCUACAUUCUUGGAAAAAAUAGUUAUUCAAAGGGUUCUCCUAUGGGGAUAGCCAAAGAACCCUUUUACGUUCUAGAUUGUAUCUUUUUUUCUAAGAGUGUAGGCCCAGGAAGUAAAAUUAUAGUUUGAAGCCAUGCAGCCAUUUCAUUGUACCUUCUAGGGGAGUGCUUCAGUCUUUCUCUCUCUCUCUCUCUCUCUCUCUCUCUCUCUCUCUCUCUCUCUCUAAGAGGAACAUUUGAAGUCAUGCUGUCCCCCGGUUGGAGUCAGUCCCAGCUGUGAGUGACAGUUGGUAGAUUUAAUGUGAGCUUGGAGGAGCUUAGGGCUCUCGGAUAGCCGUAUAGGGCCAGAUGGGAGCUGGGGUUAGGUUUCUCCUCUGUUUGGUUCUGGACUGGACCUGACAGAUAGAUUGAGAUUUGUCUGGUUCUGUCACCUCCCUCACUGAUUUAUGUACUUUCAUAUGAGAAAGCUGUGUGAGAUACAGACUCACACACUUGCCUGCACACACACAGACACACACACACAUAAAAACAACGUACGCUCUCUCUCUCCACGGUAUCUGGGUCAUUCUUGUUGAUUCCGCCCUUCUGCUCUAAAUCCUUCUCAUCUUGACAGCAAAGAUUCUCCAUUCUCCAGUUUCCAUUUCCUGUAUGGCGUUGUCUUUCCAACUUCCUCUCAGCUGGUAAAGUAGAAGUAGGCUUCACAUUGCAAUCCAACACAGACCUUAGAUCAGCGUAUAGUUUCCACUUCAUCUGACUCCGUCUUUCUUGCACCGCAACACAAGGCAAUAGGACAUCAACACACAAGAUGACCUCAGUCAACACAGUGACCACUUCCUACUUCCUGUCCACAGAGGAAGUCCACUCCCCGACCGACCUUCAGUUCUACGAGGUGUCUGACGUGAAGAUCAUCAUCAGCUGGACUGGCCCGCCUAGCGAGGUGUCGGGUUACCGCGUGACCUUCGCCCCUGUCACCCCCGGCGACACGCCCCAGAGGCCCCUGCAGCUGCCCGUGACGCCCAACGCGUACGCAGAGAUCACCCACCUGCAGCCUGGAACCCUGUACAGCUUCAACAUCUACGCCAUCAACGGAGGAGUGGAGAGUGAGCCGCUGACAGGAGAGAGAGCCACCAGUGAGUAGACAUGUGCAGACAGCGUGUUGAGGGGAUCAGUUUGAGCAAGUCGAGGCGCAGGAUUGCUAAUCUUCAUCGCAUUAUAAGUAGUUAUGUGGGAUGCAAGGUUUGGUAGAUCAGUGAUGCUGAGCAGUCCGACUGCAAUGUAGUCCAUUUCAAACCCGCAGAUAGACUUAGAUACUCAUACAUACACUGUGUUUAUACUUUAUACCCAUGAUGUGACCCUAUGUGUGCUAACCCUCUCAGAGCCCGACGCCCCCACCAACCUGCGUUUCACCGACAUCGGCGAGGACAGUGUCAUAGUGAUCUGGGAGGCUCCCAGGGCUAGCGUCAGCGGCUACCGUCUGUUCCUGAGCGUGGAGGGCUCCAGCCCCACCCAGAAGAGAAUCCCAGGCGGUCAGACCCAGUUCCCCCUGCGAGGCCUCCGCCCCGACACAGACUACACAGUCAAACUGCACUCUGAGCAGGACAACGUAUUGAGUGAGGAAGUCAAUGGCAUCUUCACCACCUGUGAGUACUGUAGGCUUCUAUUCUGCUGAGCUUGUGGCAGGGUGCUUGAAUGGUACUGAUCAAUUCAACUCCAGAUUUGAGUUUAUUUAAAUUAUGAAGCAGAAAAAGGAAAGAAACUGAUGUUAUAUUCGCUCCCACUCUCUCUCUCUGUCUCGCUCUCUCUCUCUCUCUUGCUCUCCCCUCUCUCUCUCUUGCUCUCUCUCACUCUCCCCUCUCUCGCUCUUGCUCUCUCUCACUCCCUCAUCUCUCUCUCUCUCUCUCCCUCUCUCUCUCUCUCACUCUCUCUCUGUCUCUCUUGAUCUCUCUCACUCCCCCCCCUCUCUCUUUCUCUCUCUUUCUCUCUCUCACUCCCCCCUCUCUCUCUCUUGCUCUCUCUCACUCCCCCCUCUCUCGCUCUUGCUCUUUCUUACUCCCCCCUGUCUCUCUCUCUCCUCUCCCCCCCCCCCCCUCUCUCCUCCCCUCAGCCCCCAAGAUGGGUAAUGCCCCUCGCUUCACCACUGAUGUCACAGACACCUCCAUCAUCAUCUCCUGGACCCCUGUCAGCAGGUUCAGCUUCAGGCUGUCUGUGAGGCCCAGUCAGGGAGGAGAGUCACCCAGGGAUGUGACUUCUGACUCAGGAAGUAUCUUUGUGUCAGGCCUGACCCCUGGAACUGAGUACACCUACAGCGUACAGCCCAUUAUCAAUGGACGCGACCGCGGCAACCCCAUCACCAAAAACGUUGUCACUCGUAAGUAACUAAGAAAGAGAGAGAGACUCCGGUCAACAAUUUAUUUUAUUUUAUUGAGGUCAGAAGACCUCUUUUCCAAGGAAGACGUGUUGUUGCUGCGGCCAUUUUGGGGUAAAAACACAUCUAUAUUGAUUUUGUAAAGUUAGGGAAUAAUGAGGUUGUUUUAAGGUUCUCACAGUAAGUUUACUUAAACCAUAAGGUAGUCUGUAGACUUUGAAAAUGUGCCACAAGGUUUUCUUUUACCACGUAUAGACUUAUGUGAUGUUUCUUCCCCUCCAGAACUGUCUCCCCCCACUGACCUCAGGACACAGUCGAACGUGGACACCGGUGAGCUGACUGUCCUGUGGGGCAACGUCAACACGCCAGGUAAAUAUUGACUCUGCUCCCUCCUACAGCUCACACCACAGACACACUGCCCAAGGCCCAGGAACCAGGACAGGCUCACUGUGGCUCUGGAUCACUAUGUCUGGACCUUGUCUUACCUCAGAACGUUGUGCCAGUAGGAACAAGGCUUCUCUCUGUAGGAGUCUGUCUCUAUCUCUCUCUCUCUCUCUCUCUCUCUCUCUCUCUCUCUCUCUCUCUCUCUCUCUCUCUCUCUCUCUCUCUCUCUCUCUCUCUCUCUCUUCUCUCUCUCUCUCUCUCUCUCUCUCUCUCUCUCUCUCUCUCUCUCUCUCUCUCUCUCUCUCUCGCUCUCUCUCGCUCUCUCUCUCGCUCUCUCUUUUAAAUGGUAACAAGUACUUACAUGUAAUCCUAGCAGAUCUAGGUUGGUUAACUCCACUGCUCACUUCCCUGUCUCCUCUGCCAUCCUGUCCCCCCCUCCCCUAAAAUACCUUGGCCGUGACCCCACUCUCUGAGGGUGUCUCAGGGGGAGAUGGGAGAUGCAAAAAACACAUUUCCAAUUCACACAUGCGUAUAAUUCACACUUGUACAUAUAUGAAAUAGGACAAAUACAAGCACCCACCAAAUUAUUAUUGUAUUUUUAUUAUAAUUAUUAUUACUAUUAUUAUUAUUGUUGUUAUUAUUGUUAUUAUUAUUACAGACAUCACAGGCUACAGAGUGACAUGUACCCCGACCAAUGGGCAGAGAGGACACUCCCUGGAGGAGUCUGUCCAGCCGGUCCAGAACCAGUUAAUCCUGGAGAACCUGAGUCCAGGAGUGGAGUACAACGUCUCUGUCUACACUGUCAAAGGAAACCUGGAGAGUGUCCCUGUGUCCACCACUGUCACCCAAGGUAGGACUGGCUGUCUCACCCAGCUACACACAGCUGAUUUCAGAUCAGUGGACCCAAGCACGGGCUGAGGUUGAGCUGUGCUGUGUUGAAGGGUUAAACUGAUUCAGGAUCAGGUAGUGUCUGUUUGCUGUGGAGCUAGUGUUCUGUUGCUCCGACAGAAAGAAAGACACACAACACAUAAACACACACACACAUACACUCAUGUACACACACACAGAUACACUCAUGUACACACACACAAACACAUUCAAUGGUUUUGUCUGAGUCUUCGCUAUUGGUUGGUUUUAAGGGGAGUGUUUGAAUGUGUGUGUGUGUGUUCACUCUGUGUGUGUGAGUUUAUUGGAUAGCUUUCCUUCUCAAUCCGUGGCCAGGAAAGGUUGAAGUACGAUUCAAUAUUUCUGCCACCCCUUCUUAUAUUCACCGUUCCCAACUCCGAUUUCUUCCCACUUCACACUCCGGUACACGUUCCAUAAAAGUGCUAUUCCUGGACGGGCCCAACUUCCCAUAAACCUCCCAGUCUGGCUUCUCUCUGAAGUACAGAAUCUCCCUGCCAGGAAACCUCCCUGUAACGGCUGAUCACGCUGAAAGCACUUUCCAUUGAAGGAUAAUUCCUAAAAGCACUCUUAAUUUCAGAAGAAAUCCUCACUUCUUUAUUCUGAAUUACCAUUGCAGUACAUGUAUGUAUUUUGUUCGUUGUGAUGCCUCAAUUGCACACUGUCCUGCUAACAUGGUCGUUGGCUGAACUGUAAUUGUUUGUUCAUAAGUUAUGCAUGGAGAAAGUAUAACUGUUAAUUCAUCGAAGAUGUCAUGUGAAUAUGCCUGUUGAAAAACCAUUGCUCUGAAAACCCAUGAGCAUCCUUUCCUGUCAUUGAUCUAGUCAAUGUAAUUUAUGGGUGUGAUAAUAUAACUCUUAACAGCAUGGCUACUGUUGUUAUUUUACAGUGUAUAAUGUUGUCUGUCCCACUGUGUAUGGCUAUGCAUCACGGGGAACGUUAAUUCAUGUGCUUUGAUUAUGUCUGUCUGUUGUCAUGGUUUCUAUGUCUGUAUGUCUUAUUCUGCCUGCGCCUCGCUUUGCACUCUAACCUUUCAGACGUACCCAAGCUAAAUGACCUCCACUUUGUCGACGUCACCGACACCACUAUCGGCCUGCGCUGGACUGCCCUGGUAAACGUUACCGCCAUCACCAGUUACCGGAUAACGGUUAUGGCGUCGGGCGAGAGUUUGCCCAUCAUCGUGGAUACGGUGGACUCGUCGACGGGUUAUUAUACGGUGCGCGGGCUGGAGCCCGGUGUGGAUUAUGACAUCAGUGUCACUACAAUAACGGAGGAAGGGGAGAGCGAGCCGGCCACACGCAGAAAGCAAACCCAGACUGGUGAUUUGACCCUUCAACUUUACGGGGGGGGGGGGGGGGGGGGGGCUUGGAGAGAAACUAAAAACUGAACAUACUGCCUCACAAACCUUACAUACUCAUGUUGUAGUUAUAUAUUCUGAUCAUAGCAAUAAUGUCAUUGUUGAUUGCAUCCAGGUUUUUCUUUCAUACCUGCCAUGCUCUCUAAUGUGUCCUCUCUUGUCUGGUUGACUUGUCCCAUCUGGACAUGCCACAGAUGGCCUUGAGGUAACUGUGUGGAGCACCACUCUCCUUGGCAUGCUCUUAUAUUAUUUCUCAUUCUAAAUGCCUGUUGGUUAUGCUUUACUGUAGUUAUGCUUUACAUGGUCAAAUGGUCAUAACCUGGUAAUUACAUGGUCAAAUGGUCAUAACCUGGUAAUUACAUGGUCAAAUAGUCAUAACCUGGUAAUUACAUGGUCAAAUAGUCAUAACCUGGUAAUUACAUGAUAAAAUGGUCAUAACCUGGUAAUUACAUGGUCAAAUGGUCAUAACCUGGUAAUUACAUGGUCAAAUUGUCAUAAAUUAAUCUAUCAUUACCUUUAACUGUGGUAUUUUGGGAAUAGAAGCCAUCAAGUUAAAUUCCUUAAAGGUAUCUAUUGUUACCACAUAAUUUCCUAGUUAUUAUCCUGAUUACACCCCCCCCCCCCCCCCCCCUCCCUCUCCCAGCCGUCCCCGCCCCCACCAACCUGAACUUCGGAGGGGUGGGCCCCGAUCACAUGAGGGUCACCUGGACCGUCCCCAACGUCCCCACGCCCAGUGACAUCACACGCUUCGUCAUCCGUUACCACCCCGGCAGCAACGACGACGACGUCAAGGAGCUCAACGUGGGCGGAGCCACCAAUACCUUCCUGCUGCAGAGUUAGUGACAUCAUCAUGACCUAUGACCUCAUCAUGACCUAUGACCUCACGACUAGGGCUAUACCCCUGAACUAAAUAGAACACUAAUACUACUGUCAUAUGUAGUGUAUCAUAUACCUCUGAGGGUCAUACAAUGUGUUGUGUCGUCGGUUUUGAGACUAACUAUGAGGUCAUUAACAGGCUAAAUGUUUUCCUGUCCAUUUCUCCUCCAGACCUGCUGCCCAACACAGAGUACAGGGUGAGCGUGGUGUGUGUUUACGAGGACAGAGAGAGCGCACCAGUCACUGGCACUCAGAGAACAAGUGAGUAUGGACAGACACAGGACAGUUUAUAAGGCUAAAAGAGAGAGACAAAUGCACAGGUAUUUUUGCACAAAUAGUGUAUGAUGUGUAUGAUGUGUAUGAUAUGUAUGAUGUGUAUGAUGUGUAUGAUGUGUAUGAUAUGUGUAUGAUGUGUAUGAUGUGUAUGAUGUGUAUGAUGUGUAUGCGUACAGUGUGUAUAUCAUGUAGAUCAUGGCUAUGUGUCUCUCUUCUCCUCUGUAGCCCUGGACUCUCCCACUGGCCUGGACUUUGCUGAAGUCCUGACCAACUCCUUCACCAUCCACUGGCUGGCCCCUGGGGCCGUGAUCACCGGCUACCGUAUCCGUUACCAGAUGACCAGCGGAGGCAGGGCCAAGGAUGAGAGACUGCCCCCGACCAGGAGCCAAUUCACCCUGACCGGCCUGGCCCCCGAGACAGAGUACAGUGUUGAGGUCUAUGCUGUCAGCGGGAACACGGAGAGUCUGCCUCUCACUGGCACUCAGGCUACUAGUGAGUAGUAUAGAUUGGUUUCAUGUCUUUAUCUGUUAUUGUUCUAUGUUUUCAGUCUCUUUCACUCUGUCAGUCAGUCAGUCAGUCAGUCAGAGUGUCUCUCUCUCUCUCUCUCUCUCUCUCUCUCUCUCUCUCUCUCUCUCUCUCUCUCUCUCUCUCUCUCUCUCUCUCUCUCUCUCUCUCUCCUCCCUUCUCUUUGUUCUUCCUAAUCUGUCUAGUCUUCUAUCCUCAACAACUGUGUCUUAUUUCCUGAUCUUCUCUCUCCACUAGUCUCUGACGCCCCCACCGACCUGGAAGUGACCUCCUCCAGCCCCACCAGCAUCACCAUCCGCUGGGACGCCCCCUCUGUCACCGUGAGGUACUACAGGAUCACCCAUGGAGAGACAGGUGGAGAGAGCCCUGCUAAGGAGUUCACUGUCCCCGGCUCCCAGUCCAAGGCCACGAUCUCUAACCUGAACCCCGGGACAGACUACACCAUCACCGUCUACGCUGUGACAGGGAGAGGGGACAGCCCGGCCUCCAGCACACCCAUCUACGUCACUCACAAGACUGGUACGGGGCUGAUGGUUUAAUACACAUUUAUUACAUGUACAUUUGAGUCAUUUCGCUGACGCUCUUAUCCAGAGAGACUUACAGGAGCAGUUAGGGUUAAGUGCCUUGUUCAUAUUAAUUACGCAUGAUCAAUUACAUAUUCAUGCAUUCAUGUCUGGGACAGGACAGGCUCUGAACUGGUGUCGCCAUCUAGUGUCCGUUGUUGCAAUUUCAGAUUUCUCAUUUAUUUGGUUAUCUGGAAAUGAUGCCUUGAUCUACCAGUAGUUAGGAAUGAUCAUAUGAAUGUUUUGUUUUAGAUUCAUGUGUAGAUUAUUUGUAUCUUCCUCCCAUAUCUCCUUCGUUCACUCCCUUCCUCCCUGUUCCUUUCUCUGUAGAUGUUGAGGGCCCCACCAACAUGGAUGUGACAGAUGUGAAGGACAACACCAUCACAGUGCGCUGGUCCCCGGCCCAGGGCCCCAUCAAGGGCUACAGGGUCACCAGCGUCCCCAAGAACGGACAGGGCCCCUCUUUCUCUGAGGUGGUGGCCCCUGGUAAGACUGGCCCCUGCUCUCUCCACUGUCCUCUGCCCAUCUGUGAUCAUAUGUACGGCAGCCAUUUUGUGACGGUGUUGUGAGACAUUGAUAGAAAGGAGAUUUAGCUUCUGUUGUUAGCUUCAACAGCUAUACUGAUGUGCUCAACCUCUCUCUCUCUCCGUGUUCUAGAUCAGACCGAGAUGACGUUUACUGGCUUGAUGCCCACGGUGGAGUACGUUCUGAGUGUGACCACUCUGGGAACCGAUGGAGAACCUUCCACACCUCUGGUAGAGAACGCCAUCACAGGUGCGUGUGUGUUUGUGUACAUGUGUGUAUGCGUGCAUUCGGUUUUCGUUAGAGUUGUUUCUAAAACCUUGAUCUGUCAUUAUAGAAAAAUUUAAGAAAUGUUGAAAUGUAUGCUAUUCUUAUGUUCCCUUCCUUCUGACCUUCAUCCCCCUGUUUCCUUGCAGCAAUGGACCGUCCCAAGGACCUGUCCUUCUCUGAGGUGGACUCCACCUCUCUGAGGAUCACAUGGGACAGUCCGGAUGGCACGGUGACAUCAUACCGCGUGCUGUACUCCAGCCCUGAGGAGGGCGAGAGAGAGCUGCGCCCGGCACCCAGAGGGACAGACGAAACCGUGGUGCUGAGGAAUCUCCGCCCCGGCACAGAGUACACCGUUAAGGUCAUCGCCCUGCACGGACGCACCCCCAGCACCCCACUGGUGGGCACACAGGCCACAGGUAGGAGAUACCAGACACACACGCAUACAGACGCACAGACAUGCGCACACACACACACACCACACAUGAAUACUUCAUGUCCAUCCCUGCCCCCAGCCAUCCCUGUCCCCACCAAUCUGGACAUCUCUGAAGUUGGUGACUCCUCCUUCACUGUGUCGUGGCGCUCCCCCAGCCCGGGCUGUCUGGGUACCGUGUGGUUGUCAACCCCAAGAACAACAACGGACCCACCAAGGAGAUGACCAUCGCCCCAGACACCACACGUGCCGUGGUCCCAGGACUCAUGGUAAAUAACAGCCUACAGUAUUCUGAAUGUAUGUCAUAACUGUGUUCUAGAUAAAGGUGUCUGCUAAACAGUCUAAAUUCAGGUAAUGUAUUAUCACUGUAUUUAUGUCUCUGUCACAAUGUGUUUCCUGUGUAGGUGGCCACUACGUACACAGUGCACGUUUACGCCCUGAAGAACUCUGUGACCAGCCGACCCCUGGAGGGAGAGGUCACCACGCUGGACAGUAAGCAGCUUUCACACAGUUGAACUUUACUGGCCCCUGGUUUACUCACUGUAAACUCACCCUCUCCCUCUCUUUCUCUCUCUCUCUCUCUGCCUCCCUCCCUCUCUCCCAGACAUCAGUCCUCCUCGGCGUGUGCGUAUCUCUGACGUGAAGGACUCGGCCAUCACGCUGACCUGGCGCGCUAAGAUUGAGACCAUCACUGGGUACCUCAUCGAAGCUCAGCCUCUCAGCGGCAGCCGCCCCACAAUCAAGAAGACAAUCCCCGGAGAGCAGCGCACCUACACCAUCACUGGUACUGUCCAGUCAACUACAUUAUCCAGCUAUCACCACUCUCAUCUACAGUCAACAACAUUACCCAUCACCACUCUCAUCUACAGUAGACUACAUCACCCAGCUUUCACCACUCUCAUCUAUAAGUGAACUACAUUACCUAUUAUCGCUCCCAUACAGUCAACUAUCCGUCAUCACUUUCACAUAAACUAUCAUCAUUAUAGUAAACUACAUUACCCAUGUACAGAGUGGGAUCUUGACUGACUGACAGUGUGUUGUGUAUGAUGUCCCUCAGGUCUGGAGCCAGGCACCACCUACACCAUCCACAUCUACACCAUCAGUGGUAAUGCACGCAGUGCCCCCUUCACCCUCACGGCCACCACAGCCAAACCAGCGGUGCAUUCCCCCACCAACCUCCAGUUCACCUCCCUGACCCCCAACUCCAUCUCCUUCAGCUGGGAACCACCUGCCACACGCAUCACAGGAUAUUACAUCACCUACGAGGAGGCAGGCAGGGCGCAGCCCCGUGAGCUUACCCCCCGCCCCCACGCUGGCCAGAACUACGCCACCAUCUCUGGUAAACGUCAAACUCUGCCCUCUCUCUCUCUCUCUCUCUCUCCAAAGUUACCCUCACCCGCUUAAACUCCACCCCUUCCUCUUCACCCUCUGAAAGAUCAAGCCUCUCAACCCGCCCAGUUUAUGUAAAAUACCUUAAUUGACUCAAAUCAACAUCUGAUUUACUCCAGCUGAGUUUGAUGGUUGAUGUUGUUGGAUGUUUUCAGGUUUGAGACCAGGCACCGAGUACAUCAUCAAGAUCAUUGCUCUUCAGAAUGUCCAGAGAAGCACCCCAUUGGUGGGCACGGCCAGGACUCGUGAGUACAGCAUAUACACACUUUACACAUACACACACAUCUACAUACACACACGUCUACAUACACACACGUCUACAUACACACACGGCCCAAAACCUUAUUUUUUUGUACCUGAAUGGUGAUGUUACAAAGAAAGGUUUUGGAAGCCCAGCACAUGUGCAUAGUUGCAAUAGAAUAUUGUAAGAACAGCCUAGCAGCUCAUAGACCUAGAUGUUAGAUUUAGUUUGUAGUCGUGCCAGCAUCUGUUACAAAUAGCUGUGCCUUUUAAAACAAUAAUACCGCUCACUCACUUUGAAUGCCUUUUGAAUAAACAAGCGAUUCAAAAGAAAUUGACGGCAGUUGCAGGCUUUGGAGUAAAUGUUUGCCCAAACCCCUGAUACAGGGUCAGAUAUUUUUCCACUCCCCUUAAUGGUUAAAAGCAAAAUGGGGGUAGGGUAAUCUGAUCUUAGAUCUGUGCUUAGGGGCAACUUCUACCUGAAGUGCAGUGCUUUACAGUACAAUAGUGGCUGUAGUCUGCGGACAUACUGCCACCCCCUGCUGGCAGCCUUAUGCUACUGCAACUCCCCUAACUCCCUACUCCCUCCCUAACUCGCUUGCUUCCUAACCCCUCUCUCCCGGCCAGAACGUGACUCCCUGCUUACACUGCCACUCCCCAACCGCCCCGGGGGCUAUGACCACCUGGACGUGCCUGAAGAAAACGAGAACAGUGUCCCAACAGUAGUGGGUAAGAACGGCCUACAUACCCUGGGCGGCCAGGGCCAGAACGUGGAGUACACUGAGUACAACAACGGACACCAGAACCCCCAGACACCCUAUGGGAAUGGCCAGGCACCCUUUAGGAAUGGCCAGACACCCUAUGGGAACCCCCAAACACCCCUGGUGUUUGUGCCCCUUCCGGACGCGGAGGGGCGCAGGGUGCCAGUGGUGAGGGUGAACGUGCCUGGUGGCUCUCCCUUUGGUUUUCCAGAGAACGACACAGGAGUCCCUCAAGAGGCCCAGACCCAGACCACCAUCGCCUGGAAGCCUUACAAGCAGAGUUCAGAGUACCUGGUGUCCUGCAACCCUCUGACACACGUCAACGAGAAGAUGUUCCAGGUAAGAGGGCACGGCAUGGACACCAGAAUGCACUGUAGACACACACACACACAAAGACACAUCUAAGAGACAUCUCUCUUUCCCUUUCCUUCCUUCCUCCCUCUCUCUGUCUCACUCUCCCUCUCUCCCUCCCUCUCUCCCUCUCUCCCUCUCUCCCUCUCUCUCUCUCUCUCUCCCAUCUCAGAUGCGUCUGCCUGGUACCUCCACCAGUGCCACUCUAAUCGGCCUGACCAGCGGAGCCUCCUACAACGUUAUUGUAGAGGCCCUGAAGGGGGCACUCAAACACAAGAUCCUGGAGGAGAUCAUCACCGCCGGCAACACCCGUAAGGAACCAGCAGUAACUAUGACAACUGAUCUAGGACCAAUACUGAAAUCUAACCUAUAGAAUAGAUGGUAUGAGUGAAUCCUGACGUUGUUUUGGUCAUGCUGUUCCACGGGCAGAAAAUACAGUUCAUAGAUAGGCAUUUACUUACAUAACUUAGUCUGUGAUUCUCUGUUGAAAUUAACCCCCUCUCUUCCGCUUUAGUGACAGAGGGUUCCACCGGCUCAGAUAAGGACUCGUGCUACGACACCUUCACAGCCACCUACCAUGACGUUGGGACCGAGUGGGAGCGCAUGUCUGAGACGGGCUUCAAGCUGUGGUGCAGGUGUCUGGGACUAGGCAGUGGACACUUCCGAUGUGACUCCUCUAGUGAGUAUCUAACUACCUCUUAAAUUCAAUGCAAUUUAAGAAACUUUAUUAAUUCCUAUGAAACCUUGCCACCUGAUUGGCUGGGUGGAAUGGUUGCCAUAUUGGUUACACCAAUCCGGGAGACAGUGUGGGAUGUUAUGCAAGAUGUCUGACCUUUUUUGUUGUCUCUUUCUCCCUCUCUCUCCCUCUGUUCCUGUCCAUCAACAGAGUGGUGUCAUGAUGGAGGUAACAACUACCGUGUCGGGGAGAAAUGGGAGCGCCAGGAGGAGCACGGUCCCAUGAUGAGCUGUACCUGCCUGGGCAACGGGAAGGGAGAGUUCAAGUGUGAACCACGUAAGUAGCACUUUAACCUCCCACCACACCUUGUUUGGAUAUUAAAGGAAGAAUCCAUAACUUCUCUGUCCUCUAUGGCAGCAUGUCACAAUACAACAAAGUACAGUUCCAAUGUCUGCCUGUGUGACCUCAUCAAUGUCUGCCUGUGUGACCUCAUCAAUGUCUGCCUGUGUGAUCUCAUCAAUGUCUGCCUGUGUGACCUCAAAGGCUGUGUGUGUGUGAUUCCUUCUCCUGCGUGUGUGUUUACAGAUGAGUCCAGCUGCUAUGACGAUGGGAAGAUGUACCAGAUUGGUAACCAGUGGCAGAAGGAAUACCUGGGAGCCAUCUGUACCUGCACCUGCUAUGGAGGACAACAGGUCACUUUUACUGGCAAUGGCUGUGAUAUGUGCUUGUCUUACCUACCUUAGUUGAAUGCAACUUGGACAAGAACACCUGCUAAAUGACCAACAUGUGUGUAAAUGUAAUGUGUGUUGUCCUCCUCUCAGGGCUGGCGUUGUGAGAACUGUCGUAGACCAGGUGCUGAGGUUGAGUCUAGUCUGCUGCAGCCCGUCCGAUACAGAGACCCCACCAACACCCUACGCAAAGUGGUGAGUCAUAGACUACGCUCUCAAAACACAACAAUAUGUUGGAUUAUAACCUGAAAACCCAUGCGGAGGUUGGACCCAUAAUGACCUCUUGUCUGUCUGUCUGUCUCCUACAGAACAUCCAGUGCCCCAUCGAAUGCCUUCGACCUGAACUACUGGCAGACGCACUGGCAGAAGGACACAUCCCCCAGAAUCCCCUGGAGUAAAAGAUACAUCUCCCUUUCCUUACCCAUGGUCUGUCAAGUCUCCUUGAAGAGGAGGUGGCCCUGUCCCGUCAGAGACAAGCCUGAACUAACACAUCUGUGCCUUACUGAUCAGCUUAACCAUAUCUACCACGGCUACAGACUGUAGGCCUAUGCCUUCCUACAGUCUUAAGAGAACCCUGCGCACUUUCAGAGUUUUGGUUAAGUCGUGUGUCUCUCGUCAUUCCCCUUUGAGACACUUAAGAGGUCAAAAAGGAACAUUCCUUGCGUUCGUGCCUUAAAGAGAUUCAAAUCUUCCCCCGUCCCUGAAUGUGUGUUUGUGUGCUUGUUCACAGUUCAGAUGUGCUUGUCUUUUACAAAUUAUAAAUUUCAAAGACUACCUGUCCAGUAUUACCGUUUGUCGUAAUCAUUUUUUUUUUUUUACUUCUAUGAAAUCUUAAACAGUCAGAAAUCAAAAGCACUGUUUUGCGAGAACGUUGGUGUAGUUGCCAUGUCAACAAGUGUUUGAAAUCAUUUUUCCUUUUCUGUAGCCUCUGUUGUGUAGACAGGGGUAGCACUGUGUGUGUGAUUGACACUGAGUUGUUGUAAUUUUGAAACUCUAAUGCAUUUUAUUUAUCCCUUUAAUCACAGCAUUGUUGUGUGAAUGUGAGAACUGGGGUGUGUCAACUUCAUUCUGGUUUUAUUUUUAUACUAAAAGGUGCCAAAGUUUGAUGGAGAUUCCCUUGUUUUGAUAAAAUUGAAAAUAACCUCAUGAAUUGCCUGUUUCUUGAAUAACUGUUUUACAUAGAUUAUUAAUCCGUGCGUCAAUCUAAGUAACAUAAUAAAAAUAUCCCCAUCAAAAUCUAUAAGUUUAAGAUAGAUAUGUUUUUAUUGCAUUGGGCUGCGUCUCAAUCCACUGCAUCCACCUACAGUGCCUUCAGAA